AUGAAAACAGACAACCACUCCUGUCUCACCGAAAUUGUCCUCUUGGGUUUCUCGGAUUUCCAGACUUGGCAGGAACUUUUGUUUUCCCUCAUUCUAAUAUUUUACCUCAUAGCCUUGAUGGGCAACAGCCUGGUUUUACUCCUCACCAUUUCUAGUCCUACCCUUCACACCCCAAUGUACUUCUUCCUCUGGAACUUGUCCUUUUUAGAAAUUGGCUACACCUCCUCUAUCAGCCCAAAGAUGCUAGUGAAUUUAUUAUCAGAAAGACAAACUAUAUCAUUUUGGGCCUGUGGAUGUCAAAUGUAUUUCUUCCUUCUCUUUGGUGUCACCGAGUGUUGUCUUCUUUGUGUCAUGGCAUAUGACCGCUAUGUUGCUAUUUGCAAACCUUUGCAAUACCCCUGUAUCAUGAAUUACAGGGAAUGUGCUAUACUUGCUGCUCUGUCAUGGGCCACUGGUGUUUUUGUAGGUUUGGGGUACUCGGUUUUAAUCUUCACCUUUCCUUUCUGUGGUUCAAAUCAAAUUAGCCAUUUCUUCUGUGACCUUAUGCCUGUUCUGAGGCUGGCAUCUACCUAUACCUACAAAAAUGAGGUGGCCAUUUCUACAUUAACAGUGCUAGCUGACUUGAUACUCUUUUUGCUCAUCCUUUAUUCCUACAUCCUCAUCAUCUCAACUAUUCUCAUGAUGCCACUGGCCAAGGACAGGCGCAAAGCCUUCUCCACUUGUUCCUCACAUCUCACUGUGGUCUGCAUUUUCUAUGGAACUAUCAUUUUUACUUACCUUCGUCCCAACUCAGCAGAUUCUGUGGACAGUAACAGGAUUUUUGCCCUGCUCUACACUGUGGUGACCCCAAGUUUGAACCCCAUCAUUUACAGCUUGAGGAACAAAGAGAUAAAAGCUGCUUUCAUGAAAUCAAUAAGAAAGAACCAGUCUUCCUAA